GCUGGGCCGGGACAGAGAGCGGAGCCAGGUUGUGGUGCAGCUGCGGAGAGAGAAUCGACUGAUGGAGCUUCACUAUGAUGCUGUCUGCGAGUACAUGGGCCCCAGUGACUCAGAUGAAGACUGACCCAUGGACCCACUCCAUCCCCCAGGCGGUUACCAGUUCUGUACAGUGUGAAAGGCCUGCCUUUGUGAAGGUGGGGAGAUCAUUGUCCCAUCCUGCACUUGCAGUGCAACCCUGGGACAGGGACAGGGCACAAGAUGGGUUGGCCAGAAGGGAGGCUAGAAACAAACCUAGUAUUUACUAGCAGUUAGUAUGUAAUAAAAACCAUUUCAACUACUUAGUAAAACGAAGAGCUCAUAAACGGUAUGCUGAGCUGUGAGUGGAGGUAGGAGCUGUGCUGAGGUGGGAGCCAUCCCAUUUUUCAGCCCUACCACCUUCCUUGGGCUGUCAGACAAGUUAAAGGAUCCAUUUGAGUAUGAGGAGAAUAGUUAAAUGGGCAGAUGACCUGUCUGUGCAAUCUAGGCAUUGAUAUGAAGCUAAAAUGGCUACUCAAAGGGCAGGACCUAGGUAUUUUAUAUGGAGUUCAAUCCUGAUCCCCUAUUUCAUCCAUCAGCUGUUAGUGAGCUGGAUUCUGCGGACAUUGAGGUCACGUACAGUCAGCUGCUUAAUCCCACUUUCGUGGAAUACCGGCUUUAGCUUGGUGACCUCGUGCUCCAUAUCAACGGAGAGUCAACUCUGGGCCUCACCCAUGCUCAGGUCGUGGAGCGGAUUCGCACAGGGGGCCCCCGGCUCCACCUUGUGCUAUUCCUACCAUCCCCAGAUCGCAGCCCAGAUCCUGGGGAAGAGGUAAUGAGGUCUCAUAGCGUGAGCGCUUCCCCAUUUCAGCAUCCUCAAUCCUGUACGAGACUCAAAACCCAGGGCAGCCCAGAGCCUAGUCCAGAGGCAGCGGCAGAUGGCUCCGCAGUUCCUCCUCUUGAGCUCCACACACAGGACCCCACCCACCGAACCCUAGGUUCCCCGGGACCCUGGCUGGUACUGAGCAAGGAGCGGCUCUCAAUGGGCCCCCCGGGUCCCAGCGGCGGUGCAGCUUGCCCUGGAGUUGGCAGCCAGAAGGCGAAGGCACUGAGCAUCGUCUGAUGGCUGGAUACUCAAUACUGCCCCACCUGGAUCUGGCGUGCUGUGCCAGCCGCGCACUAGCAUCGAGUGCAGAACUAACACUUGGCCUUGUCCCCCCUCCUGCUGUGCAGUCGACCAGCCCACGCUCCCCUCGCGGCGUCAGUGGUAUGGCCCUUCGUGACCCGCCAAACCUGAGCUUCUUGUUUCGGGAGGGGGGAGGUAAUAAAGUGGUGAGAUCCCGGCUUGACUUGCCAGGUGCUCUAGGCCGGGUGGGGCUCCCGAGUCUACCCGGUAAAAGAGGGGGUGGGUCGAUCUGGUUUGGAGGAGGGCCUCUUCUUGCAACUACUGACAAGUGCUCUUUCUUUCAUGCCUCUAAAAGGGUCUUUGCUUCUACUGAGCUUCAGCCCACUGUGCUUUCUCCCCACUCCGUUUCUCUUUGCCAAUUCCUGCUUCUCAACCUAUUCAUUCAUUCCACUUUUUUUGGAGGUGUGCAGCGCUCACAGAAAAUUAUUGCUCAGUGGCAUGGGGAAUGCAGAGGUAGGCCUGCUGUGGUGAGAGUGCAUUAGUAUACCCACAAACCUGACCCUGAAUCAUCCAGACCCUCGGCUGCCAGGCCGGAUAGCAAGGCUAGAAACCAGGCUGCUUCCUUCAUCGGGAAGCUGCAGUCUCACUUCUGGCCUGGUCGGUCAGCUUUCGCUGCCCUGUAGACUGACACCCUAAGGGCACGGGCUGGGGCCCUGGAGCCCCCUUUGGGGCGGAGCCGGGAAGGUAUGAGUCAGAGGCCUGGGCUAAAAAAGGCUGUUAGAACCUUCGGGCCGCACCCCCGUCUUCCAUAGAUGGUGACGAACUGUGGCCGGGCUUGUGUGUACACGCCACACACUGGGCGUUCCCAGUCCUGGAAGAGACCAGAGUUUCCUCCAUCCCGGAGACAGAGGUCUUAGGUUGAGGCUUAUAUAGCCAGCGAGACUCCAAGCGGGGCCCCGAAGCCAGGUACUGGCCAAGGCCAGAAAUGUCCAGUCACCUCCGCUGUCACCACAUCCUGAACACAUGGCCCCAUACACCCAAGACGGAAGCUGUGGUCAGGUGGGAGUGGGCAAUUCUCACCCCUAUGGGGAGGGCUCCGGAGUGGGGGGAGAAAUUAAAGGAUUGGAGUGUAAGUGUCCAGGGCGGCAUUGGGAAGGAGAGAAGGACUGCAAAGCCAGGCUGGGAGUUGGGGUAUAAAGAAGUGAAGAGGUGAACCUUUGAAUGGUUAGCACUAUAGAUAUUGUGGGGGAAUAUGCUGCCCCUUACUCAAAGCCUGGUAGAGGUGUGGCUUUAGGGAGGUCAGGAAAGGGCUCCAGACCCCCAGUCCUAUAAUCAUAGUCACACCCAGGAGACUAAUAUUAGUAACCCCAGCCACCAUUUAGCCUUAUCCCUGCUACUAACUUCAUCUGCACUAUCUGUUUUCAUCUGGUUACACAUCUACUCAACAAUCCUGAUACGUCUAUUUCACAGAAGAGGGGAGUGAAGCCCAAAGAGUAUAUAAAGCUUGAGGGGGGGUGGUUUGAAGCAAGAUUUAAUCAAGGCCUGAUUCCCAGGCCUUAACUCACCAGCAUUUGACAAGUAUUAAUUGAGCCCCAACUGUUUACCUUGCACUGUGAUAGGCACUGGGGAGAUGCUAGGGGAGCAUAACAGAAAGAUUUCUAUCCUUGUGUAGCUGAUGUAUUGGGGGGUAGAUAGAUGUCAGAAGAGACAAAUUAAUUUCAGAGAGAAGUGACAGUUAUGAAGACAGCAAAAAGAGGUUAUGUUGGAGGUAAUGAUGGCGGGCUGCUGGACUCUUUGAAGAAAUAAUGUUUGAAUUGAGACCUGAAUGACCAGUAACCAGAUAUAUAAAGUGCUGGGGGAAGGACAUUGACAGCAGUGGGAACAAAUGCAAAAGCCCUGAGGCAGAGCAGAGUUUGUUGUGUUCUAGAAACUCAGGCAUGUCCUUACAGAUUUGGAAAGCACACACUUAGCACUGGGAAAAGUAUGUUUCAUUCCUUCUACUAUCCAAUCACUCUUUCACUGGGCUGAAAGAGGGAAGCCCCUUCCUUGAUUUUAAGGAGCCCCAGGCUGGGGAGUGGAGACCAGGAGGGCUCUUGGGUUGAACUAUCCUGGCCUUCUAGCCACAACUCUCCUCUCCUCAAAUGAGAUGAGAAUAAAACCAAUGUCUAGU